CCCCUGCACCGUAGGCGGCGGGAAGGCGGGGAGCCACGGGCGCAGGCGGGCGGGGCCCCGCCGGGGCGAGGAUGGCGACGCCGGACCAGAAGUCGCCGAACGUUCUGCUGCAGAACCUGUGCUGCCGGAUUCUGGGCCGGAGCGAAGCUGAUGUGGCCCAGCAGUUCCAGUUUGCCGUGCGAGUUAUUGGCAGCAACUUCGCCCCAACUGUUGAGAGAGAUGAAUUUCUCGUAGCUGAAAAAAUCAAGAAAGAACUUAUUCGACAAAGAAGGGAAGCAGACGCUGCGUUAUUUUCGGAACUCCACAGGAAACUUCAUUCCCAGGGAGUUUUGAAAAAUAAAUGGUCGAUACUCUACCUCUUGCUGAACCUUAGCGAGGAUCCACGCAAGCAGACAGGCAAGGUGUCCAGCUAUGCUGCGUUAUUUGCUCAGGCGUUACCCCGAGAUGCUCACUCAACUCCCUACUACUACGCCAGGCCUCAGACCCUGCCCCUGAGCUACCAGGACCGCAGCGCCCAGUCAGCACAGAGCGCGGGCAGCAUGGGCAGCAGCGGCGUCAGCAGCCUCGGCGUGUUCACCCUCAACGGCCCCGGGCCCACACCGCACUCUCUCCUCCCAGGACAGUCUCACCAAGCCCCGGGAGUAGGAGACGGCCUUCGGCAGCAGUUGGGGUCACGGCUUGCGUGGACUCUAAGUGCAAAUCAGCCUUCCUCUCAAGCCUCUACCUCCAAAGGCAUCCCAAACUCUGCUUCUCGCAACAUGACAAGGCCACGGAGAGACGGGGACACGGGCGGGACGACGGAAGUUACGGAAGCAGCUCUUGUGAGAGAUAUUUUGUACGUCUUCCAGGGCAUAGAUGGCAAAAACAUCAAAAUGAGCAACACUGAAAACUGUUACAAAGUGGAAGGAAAGGCAAACCUGAGUAAAUCUUUGAGGGACACGGCCGUGCGACUCGCGGAGCUGGGGUGGCUGCAUAAUAAGAUCAGGAAGUACACUGACCACAGGAGUCUGGACCGCUCCUUCGGACUUGUAGGUCAGAGUUUCUGUGCCGCCCUGCACCAAGAACUCAAAGAGUACUACCGGCUGCUCUCUGUUUUACACUCCCAGCUGCAACUGGAGGAUGAUCAGGGAGUGAAUUUGGGAUUUGAGAGCAGCUUAACACUGCGACGCCUCCUGGUUUGGACGUAUGACCCCAAAAUAAGGCUCAAGACCCUUGCAGCGCUAGUGGAUCACUGCCAAGGAAGGAAAGGAGGUGCACUGGCCUCUGCUGUCCACGCCUACACGAAAACAGGGGACCCGUACGUGAGGUCCCUGGUGCAGCACAUCCUGAGCCUGGUGUCGCACCCCGUCCUGAGCUUCCUCUACCGCUGGAUCUACGACGGCGAGCUGGAGGACACCUACCACGAGUUUUUUGUGGCCUCAGAUCCGACAGUUAAGACAGAUCGGCUGUGGCAUGACAAGUACACCUUGAGGACGUCCAUGAUUCCCUCGUUCAUUACGAUGGAGCAGUCCCGGAAGGUCCUGCUGAUAGGAAAAUCAAUAAAUUUCUUACACCAAGUUUGUCACGAUCAGACUCCCACCACAAAGAUGAUAGCUGUGACCAAGUCUGCGGAGUCACCCCAGGACGCUGCAGACUUAUUCACAGACCUGGAAAAUGCGUUUCAAGGGAAAAUUGAUGCUGCUUAUUUCGAGACCAGCAGGUAUCUCUUGGAUGUGCUCAAUAAAAAGUACAGCUUGCUGGACCACAUGCAGGCGAUGCGGCGGUACCUGCUUCUCGGGCAGGGGGACUUCAUAAGACAUCUGAUGGACUUGCUCAAACCAGAACUUGUCCGUCCAGCUACAACCUUGUAUCAACAUAACUUGACUGGGAUUCUGGAAACUGCCGUCAGAGCCACCAAUGCACAGUUUGACAGUCCUGAGAUCCUGCGGAGGCUGGACGUGAGGCUGCUGGAGGUCUCUCCGGGUGACACUGGGUGGGACGUCUUCAGCCUGGACUACCAUGUCGAUGGACCAAUUGCAACUGUGUUCACUCGGGAGUGCAUGGGCCACUACCUGAGGGUGUUCAACUUCCUCUGGAGGGCCAAGCGCAUGGAGUACAUCCUCACCGACAUCCGGAAGGGGCACAUGUGCAACGCAAAGCUCCUGAGGGCCCUGCCAGAGUUCUCCGGGGUGCUGCACCAGUGCCACAUCCUGGCCUCCGAGAUGGUGCACUUCAUCCACCAGAUGCAGUACUACAUCACGUUUGAGGUGCUCGAGUGCUCUUGGGAUGAGCUCUGGAACAAAGUGCAGCGGGCCCAGGACCUGGACCACAUCAUAGCUGCCCACGAAGUGUUCCUGGACACCAUCAUUGCCCGCUGUCUGCUGGAUGCCGACUCCCGGGUACUUUUGAACCAGCUCCGAGCUGUGUUUGACCAGGUCAUCGAGCUCCAGAACGCCCAGGACGCCAUCUACAGGGCUGCGCUGGAGGAGCUGCAGAGGCGGCUGCAGUUCGAGGAGAGGCAGCAGCAGCGCGAGGCCGAGGGCCAGUGGGGAGUGACGGCUGCAGAGGAGGAGGAGGAGAACAAGAGGAUUCGAGAAUUCCAGGAAUCGAUACCAAAAAUGUGCUCACAGUUGCGAAUACUGACACAUUUCUACCAGGGCAUCGUGCAGCAGUUUCUGGUGUCGCUGACGACCAGCUCUGAUGAAAGCCUCCGUUUUCUGAGCUUCCGGCUGGACUUCAACGAGCACUAUAAAGCCCGGGAGCCCAGACUGCGCGUGUCUCUGGGCAGCAGAGGGCGGCGCGGUUCGCACACGUGAAGCCCGUCGUCCCAAGGAGCUGCCAGUGCGCUGCCAUUUCUAGCAAUGUCGGACGUAAGAGUUCACACACAGACCUUCCAGGCACCUGGCAUGCUGCAGGUGCUCCUGUUUCUGCCCACGCGUGCUCUGGCGUCCGUGGUGUCGCACGUCGGAGCAGGCUGUUCUGAUACCACGGCGAUGAGCAGCCCGGGUGCCGUGUGCCAUGGGUUACAACUGAAGGACACCCCGACUUGUUGAGGCUUCUUGAGCUCUGUGAUACAGUUUAUGUUUGUCACUUUUUAAGAAUACCUGUUUCUUUUAGAGAUUAGGGUGAUAGGAUAUUCAUCUGUUAAGAUGGUAAUGUCAUUGCUAUUUUUUUAACAUCCUCUUUAAGACAGUUUUUGUUAAUGUAACCAAAUUAAGAUGUAAGAAAAUGUCCCUACUAAGAAAAUAGAGAGAGCAUUUUAUUUUAGUUUUUUAGUGUUGUAAAAUAUUAACCUAUAUAAGAACCUUUGUAUCUUAAUGUACCUUACAUAUGUUUAUUCUUAUUUUCUCUCCUUUCAAAGUUUACAUUUUAUAUUUAAUUUACUAUUUCAGAUAACUUCUAAAGAGUCUAGGGAAAAGGCUGAGCUGUGCAGAGUGAGAUCCUUCAGCCGUGCAGCCCACGUUCCUUGGCACCGUCAGCGGAAGCAGUGGGAGCACGAGUGGCCCACAAGGGAAUGGAAUACUUUAUUUCCAAAGCUGUUGAUAAGCAUCAGAAAGAAAUUGACUUGGAUAAUGCAGAUUCCCUUUUUCCUUGCCUAUUUUUUCAUUGUAAAUAUUUAUAUCAACAUCCAAACAGAUGUUGGGGAAGUGUUUUUGUAAAAAUAACAUACAGGUCACAUAAAUCUGCCUUUAUUAUGUCCAUAACCGAAACCUAGGGAUUAAAACGAACCUCCUCCAGCCGCGGCUGUGGUCUCUGGAG